UAGCUAGCCAUGUGCUAACAGCGUUUCCAGGAUGGAGAACACGACAGACGGGACGUGGGACAGUUUACCUGUCCAACUUAACGAGAGUAUUUUAGAAACGCUCAGAGAGAUGAGGUUCAUCCACAUGACUCCUGUUCAGUCUGCUUGUAUUCCGCUGUUCAUGAGCAACAAGGAUGUGGCUGCAGAAGCGGUGACCGGAAGUGGGAAAACAUUAGCUUUCGUUAUACCUGUUAUAGAGCUGCUUUUGAAGAGAGAAGAAAAACUGAAAAAGAAGCAGGUCGGUGCUCUUGUGAUUACUCCCACAAGAGAACUGGCUUUCCAAAUCAGUGAAGUGAUGGAGAAGUUCCUGCAGAAGUUCCCACAGUUCACGCAGAUUUUAUUGAUCGGUGGGAGUAACCCUGUGGAGGAUGUAGAGAAGUUCAAGGACCACGGGGGGAACAUUGUGAUUGCCACACCUGGUCGUCUGGAGGACAUGUUCAGGAGGAAGUCCGAGGGUCUGGACUUGGCCAGUGCAGUCCGGAGUCUGGAUGUUCUGGUUCUGGAUGAGGCCGACAGACUGCUCGAGAUGGGCUUUGAGGCCAGUCUGAACAGCAUCCUGAGCUACCUGCCCAAACAGAGACGCACCGGCUUGUUUUCAGCCACUCAGACGCAGGAGCUGGAGAAGCUGGUGAGGGCCGGCCUCAGAAACCCUGUGAGAAUCACCGUCAAGGAGAAGGGCCAGGCUGCCGCCUCCACCCAGAGAACUCCCUCCAGGCUCUCCAACUACUACACUAUCUGUAGAUCCGAGGACAAGUUCAACAACCUGGUGGCCUUUCUGAGGCAGCACAAACACGAGAAACAUCUGGUGUUCUUCAGCACCUGCGCCUGUGUGGAGUACUACGGUCGAGCUCUGGAGCUGCUGGUGAAGAAGGUCGCCGUGCGCUGCAUUCACGGCAGAAUUAAAAACAAGCGCAGCUCCAUCUUUGCCGACUUCCGGACCCUGAAGAGCGGGAUCCUGGUGUGUACGGACGUCAUGGCCCGAGGCAUCGACAUCCCCGACGUGAGCUGGGUGCUGCAGUACGACCCCCCCAGCAGCGCCAGUGCCUUUGUGCAUCGAUGUGGGCGGACGGCGCGUAUCGGUAACCAUGGCAACGCCCUCGUCUUUCUGCUUCCCAUGGAGGAAUCGUACGUCAACUUCCUGUCCAUCAACCAGAAAUGUCCACUCCAGAAGAUGGCGCCAGUCAAAGACGUGGUGGACGUCCUGUCCAAGGUGAAGACCAUGUCCCUGGAGGACCGGGCCAUGUUUGAAAAAGGCAUGAAGGCCUUCGUCUCGUACGUCCAGGCCUACGCCAAACACGAGUGCAGCCUCAUCUUCAAAGUCAAAGACUUGGACUUCGCCUCUCUGGCCCGAGGCUUCGCCCUCCUCCGCCUGCCCAAGAUGCCGGAGCUGCGAGGGAAAUCGUUUCCCGACUUCACGGAGGUGGACACGGACAGCAUCCGCUACAAGGACAAGAACAGAGAGAGGCAGAGGAAGAAGAUGCUGGCGGAGCUGAAGGAGAAGGACCAGGCAGGACUUCCUAAGAAGAGCUUCAUGAAGAACAAGUCCUGGUCCAAACAGAAGAGCAAGAAGGAGCGCCGCAAAAAGCUGGCAGCAAAGAGGAAACACACGGAGGGCUCGGACGAUGAAGACCUGGAGGAGCUUCUGGACGACACUCGCCUCCUCAAGAAGCUGAAGAAAGGUCAGAUCAGCGAGGAGGACUUCGAGCAACGAGUAACUCUCCCCAAGUUAAAACACAAAGCGUCGUAGACG